UUCGCGUGGUGGUUUUAACUUGCUUGUGCCUGUGACGUUUCGUCAAAACAAAGCAACAUCUUGUUCCGUUGAGAUCUCAAUCCUCAAUAAUUUUUAAUCCUUUUAACAAUCUGCGGCAAGUGCGUCGUUGACAUCAACAUUAAUUCUUUAUCAUAACAACACACGCAUAAUCAUUAAAAUUCAAUAUAUAAAAUAAUAUUAAUUAAAAAUAUAAAUAAUCAAUUUGAGGAUAAAUAAUCUGUUGAUUGUUUUGUUUUUCUAUUUUUUUUUGAGUGCAAACAAAUAAAGAUAUUUGAGUUUUUUUUUGUUGUAUUAAUUUUGUUGGGUUGAUUAAAGAGUGACAGGCGGAGAAAUGUCGCAUCCAAUUAAAUUUAACCUGGAUGAGAGUCUCGGUGAAUCUUGGGUUGAGUUAAAUCCAGCUCCAUCAGACAGAGUAACACCUUUGCCAUUUAGCUGUGGUGGUGAGGAAUAUUUACGUUUAUUGAGAGAAGCUCAGAGAGAUUCAACACAAUCAUCAGCUAGACAUUCACUUGCCUCAUCAAGAAGAGACACCCCCAGAGACAGUCCAAAGAGUCCACCUAAUAGUCCAAAUACAGAACUAUCAAACGAAGAUGAUCUCAAAGGUGUUUACAUAAAUUACAGCUGUGCCAAGGAUGCUGGAGAAUUGCUGGAACGUGGAACAGAAUGGAUGUUUGACGAGUGGUGCUCUCGUCCAGAUCAAGCUCCACCAAAAGACUGGAAAUUUAAGCAUCCACUUGGAUUAACUAAAAGAAAAACAUACAGCAUUCGUACAGCUAAAGUUGGAAAAAAUGGACUUUUUUCGAAAGAAGUUUUGUACACAUUAUUUCUUUCAAACUUGUUGUCAUUGAUUAUUGGCACUGGUUUUGGUGUUUGGUUGACAAGACGAGGAUUUAUGCUGUCACGAGUUGCAAUUGAGUAAAUUCGAAACAUCAAACGACAAGAAAAAGAAACAAACAAAAUACAAUCAUCAAAAUAUAAUAUUAAUAAUAAUAUAAAUAAAAAUUCACAUGGGACAUUAUUAUCAGCGCAACUUGGAUUGAAUGAAAGACUGGAAAAUAAAAUUUAAAAUAUAUAUCAUAAGAAAACAUAAAACGCACUACACAACAGCAGCAGUAAAAAUAAUAGCACAAAAAAAAAACAAAAA